AUGAUCAACAUUGAUUUUGAUUCACUUGAACAACCAACUUUAUUUGACAGUUUAGCAAGUGAUGUUAAAUAUUUAGAUAAACCACAUUUUGAUUUACCACCAAAUUCUAAUCCAGGUGACUUUUUAAGAGAAACAUUUGCACAUCCAAAUGCACCAAAACCAUUAGAAUUUGCACAUGGUACUACUACAUUAGCAUUUGUAUAUAGUGGUGGUAUUGUUGUUGCAGUCGAUUCAAAAUCUACACAAGGUCCAUACGUUGCAAGUAGAUCAGUUAAAAAAGUUAUUGAAAUCACACCAACUUUAUUAGGUACCAUGGCUGGUGGUGCCGCAGAUUGUUCAUUCUGGGAACGUGAAUUAGGUAGAAGAUGUAGAUUAUAUGAAUUAAGAAAUAAAGAAUUAAUUUCUGUAGCUGCUGCUUCAAAAAUUUUAGCAAAUAUUGUAUAUUCAUAUAAAGGUUAUGGUUUAUCAAUGGGUACUAUGAUUACUGGUUGGGAUAAAACUGGACCACAAUUAUAUUAUGUAGAUAAUGAUGGUACUAGAUUACAUGGUCAAAGAUUUUCAUGUGGUUCAGGUUCAACUUAUGCCUAUGGUGUUUUAGAUUCUGGUUUCAAAUGGGAAAUGAACGACGAAGAAGCUUAUGAACUUGGUCGUAGAGCUGUUUAUCAUGCCACACACAGAGAUUCUUAUUCUGGUGGUGCCAUUAAUGUUUACCAUGUUCAAAGAAAUGGUUGGAAGAAAAUUUCAUCCGAUGAUUGUUUCGAAUUAUACAAAAAAUAUUAUAAUAUUGCUCCAAUCAACAAACCAACAAAUUAAAUUAAUAAAUUUUUUUGUAAUUAUCACAACAUAACAAAUCAUCAGUAAAAAAAACAAUUUUCCAAAAAACUCUCAUAUUGUAAAAAAAAAUAAAAAAAAUAAAUAAUUUAAUUAUUAUAUAUACAUAAUGUAUAGAGUAUAUUAAAUAU